AUGUCUUUUGACCUGGAGUCCUUGGCUCCGUCGCUAAUCAAUCUGAUUCGUUUAUCGUCGGCCGUAAAUGCCAGGGAUAUUUCAUUUUACAAUAGCAUAGACUCGGCGGUGAAAAGCGAAAGCGCCGCCCUGAACCAGCAUCUUAUAGACCUUCUGAACGAGCUGCUUCCCAACGCAUUUUCCAUCACCAGUGACCAGGACGGCCAGCUCCACGCCGACAAAAAGGACGAAAACUGGAAAGUUGUGAGCAGUGUGCUGGAUACACUGUUUGAAAACGCCGAAAUAGCGCUCGAGCAGGGCACGAAAAAGGAGCAGACGGGCCAAACAAAGGACGAGUUCACGUACCUGGACGAAACUGACACUUCGGGGACCCGCAAAAGCACUCCGCAGUCGUUGAAAAUAGAGAAGCCCCAGCUACUUUUCAAAAAGCCUGUGAACAACUUCGAGACGUCGCCUUUCAAACCGCUUAUUAAAACAAAGCCAAAUGCUUUGAUCCCGCUCCAGGAAAGUAUGCAGCUGGUGUUCGCUGCUCCAGAUGUGCCCGAGCACUACGAGAAUCCCUACUCCUACGAGAUCAUGAACCAACCGUACCCAGACUGGAUUCUUCUGCAACAGGAGCCUUUUGACUCGAUUCCAUGGAAAGAGAGCGAAGAGCCGACCUGGAUCGAUAAUCCAGCCCAGCUGGACGAUCUUCUUGUUGAGCUGAGCAAGUGCAAGGUUAUUGCCGUUGAUCUGGAACACCACGACUACAGAACGUACCACGGAAUCACCUGUUUGAUGCAAUUGACCACAGACACAAAAAAGGACUACUUAAUCGACCCGUUGAACCCCGAGCUCAGACCGCACCUGGUGAACCUGAACGUCAUUUUCACAGACCCGAACAUCGUCAAGGUAUUCCACGGCGCGUUCAUGGACAUAAUCUGGCUCCAGAGGGACCUUGGACUGUAUGUUGUUUCGCUAUUCGACACUUACCAUGCCUCCAGAGAACUGGGUCUUGGCCGCCACUCGCUUGCGCAUUUACUGGAAACGUACGUGAAGUUCAAGACGUCCAAGAAAUGGCAGCUGGCCGACUGGAGAAUGCGGCCGCUGAACUCCGAGAUGAAGAACUACGCCAAAGCGGACACGCAUUUUCUGAUUGAAGUUUUUUACAAAAUGCACAGCGAGCUUGUGCAGAAUCCAGACAAGCUGAAAAAGGUUUUGUACGAGUCGCGCAAGGUGUCUAACAGACGCUACGAGUACUCGACGUUCAAGCCCAGAAACGUCAAGUCGGCAAACGGGUUUUCCAGCGGCGCAGAAGUCGUUGCUACCAACCAGUCUGUGCCGCAGCUUCCCGAGUUCAAAAACGGGCUCAUGUCGGUGCAGAGCGCUACACAUCUUCCGUGGAGCAAUUUGGCGGACUCGAACUCGAUUCCGAUGGCCAAGCGGCCUCUGCUGGAGGUGCUUUUUAAAUGGCGGGACGAGCAGGCCCGGCGAGAGGACGAGUCGCCGCGCUACAUCAUGUCUGAUUUCAUGCUUGUGUCGCUGGUGAACGCAUUUAACCAGGACUCGGAGGAGGUCAGCGAGCGGACUGUGCUGGAGGUGAUCAACUCGUCGUCGCGGUUUGGCGGGUCGCAGUACGUGCGCACGAAGCUGAAGGAGCUUGUCGUGCUGAUCCAGAACUGUCUGGAGGAGCUGAAGCAGAUGGACACGGCGCUGUGGGACAGUGUUUACGAGAAAAAGCCUUUGACGCCCAAAGGCGGCUCCAAGGACGUUGAACGGGCGUUUGAGAAUGUGCGACAGAGUUUCGAGACGACCAACAGGCCCGUUCACGACGGCGUUGUGUUGGCGAAAGAGGCCGACAACGGGGUGUUUUCGGUGCGGUACACCAAAAAUGGGGGUGUGGAUUUUAUCAGUGCGGGCGUGAGGCAGCACCGGCUGGAAAAGGCGUUGGCGUAUUUGGACGCCGAGCGAGAGAUUGCCGUUGACGUUUCUGUGGAGUCUGCCGACGAGCAGCCGGAGCAGCCGGAGCAGGAGGCAGAAACAGAGACGCCGGAGCCGGAGAGCGGUCUGACCAGCGCUGCCCCAGACGAGAUCAUCACGCUGCGCAAGCACCAGCAGAGAAAACGCAAGCAGGACGCGCCGGCCACGGAGAAGCUCGACACGUCGCAAAAGAUAAUGGUCUCGAAGCCGCAGCAGAAAAAGCGCAAGGUGUUCGAGCCGUACAAAAACGAGGGCGCCGUGACGGCGCCAAAGAAGAAGCGGCCUGUGGUGAGCGGCCGCAACUUAAUUUUCAAGAAAAAAUAG